AUAUUUUGGAUUGGGAUCGAAAUGUUGAUACGUGUAUUGGGUACGCAUGCGCAUUUUCGUAGGAAGUGCAGAAUAUGUCGUAGAGACGAAGCGAUUAGAAACACAGAGGUUGUAAUGAGAGAUCUAAAAUUACACUUUAAAAGAAUUUCUCCAAUUUGUUAGGAUGUGUGAGCUUCAAGCCACACUUGAGUUUUCCAUAGAAUUCAACAAGUUCUUCAAUGUGGACUUGUUCCAGCGGGGCUAUUAUCAAGUGCGUGCCACAUUGAAGACUUCCCCUAAAUUACCUGCUAAAAUUGAAGUGACCUUACCCAAAGCUUCAGAUGAACAUUAUGUAUUGCCUUCCUGUGUUGUGAACGGCACUGCCAUUAGCAAGACAUUCCAGAUUCUGUACAGAAAUGAAGAUGUGGCAAUUAAUGACCUCGUUAUGUACAGGCUUCACACAUUGGUGGAUGCAAAUAAGAUAGAAGAAAGCUUGGGUAGAGCAGACAUACAAGUUGUGUUGGAGUUAUGGUUCUCGGAGGAGGAUGGGGGUCCACAAAGUCUACAGGACAAGAUGGAGAAUGUCAGCUCGCGUACUCUACAGCUUCACUUCAGCGCCACCAAAGGACUCCAUCACUACCUGCCCGUGCUGUUUGACUACUUCCACUUGUGUGCUGUGGAGGUCAUAGUUCACGGGAGCUUGAUUGCCAUUCAUCAACCAUAUAUUAGAUUUUGGGAUUUAAAAGCCUCCAACAGUGUCCCUAAGCCCCCCAAAUCCGCCUGGACAAACAAGCAGAAUCCCGAACAACAGUCCACCCUGGAGAUGGUGUACUUUGGAAGCAAAACAGUAUCAGGGGACCCCAUUAGCAGUUCCACAAUGAAACUUCAUAAUGCCAUGAAUGUACAUCGUCGUUUGUGUAAAAUUUUACUGUCGGCUUACGAGAGUUUACAAGCCAUAUUUAACAGCUUCCUGUCGCAGAUGGAAGGAGCCGAAUUUUCCCUGGAUACCAAGGACUGUCAUAAGCGACUCGAGUCAGUUGUGAACAACUUACAGAAUUUUGACAAUGAGGAGGAUCUUCUACAGACAGCCACGACAGACAUUACACAGCUCUGUGCUGAAAAUGUCAUUCUAUGGACUCAGUUUAUUGAAGUUGUGUCCUUGGACAAAAAUGUUCUACUCCAGCUUGCCCAGGAACAUCAUACAGGGAGGGUGAAGAGAAUGGCAGAAGCGUUUUUCACCCAUGAAUAUGCCAAACCAGAAUGCUUGUCUUGUUAUGAACCCAGUUUUCAUGGACAUGCAGAGUUUGCCAGUAUUGUCAAGAGUUCCGGCUGUAUGCAGAGUCUACCACCCAUGAAGGUGGAGUGUGUUGAGCUAGAUGGUGACCAUUCCACCCUGCCGAUAAUAUUUGAAGACAUUUAUUGUGAGCAUAUUCCAAUGUCCACAGAUCCCCUGCCGGUGCGAUCAGUUGUGGAACUUUUUCAGGUCCCUGCCACAUCGCACAACUUGGGCGACACCAGCUCGGUGGUCGACCUAGGGGAAGUGCGAUUGGUUGAUGAGAGUUUGACGACAUCAGAGAGACACAAGGGAAAAGAUAAACUUGGUAAAUCUGGAGAUCCUAAGCAGAAACAGAAGAAGAAGUUGAUCAAGAGCAUUCGGCCUGAUGCCUUCAAGAGGCCGUCCUCUUACUCUAUGUCAGAGGUGGAUGCUGUAUCAGAGAAAGAUGCCCAGAAAGACUGUGCUCUGAUUGGUUACAGGAAAAAGGACACUGCGUCAGACUCGCCUGGAUCAGUGGUGGAUCACUCGGUGGAGUUGGGGACUUUGUGUGAUGACGCGAGCAAACAUGAUCAUCUGUCCACGUCCUUUUCAAUGCCAUCACUGUUUGUUAGAAAUUCUUGGAGUCGAACAAGUAUCACAUCUCUUCCAGACUUUGUAGAAUCUCCCUACAGUAGAAGAAGGAAUGUCAGGUCGGCUAUGAUUGCCAAAGAACUGCAACAGAUUCAGGACGACCUGAAGGCUCAUGGGAAGGAGUCUUUAUCAAAAAAUGAUCUCACUUCAUCAAGUUCUGGAGAACUAAAGCCCGAAGGGAAGGGUUCUGGGGUAAAAAGUGAUGUGACUACAAGUUCAGGGACGGAAACUCUUCCCAGUGAGGAUCAGAUCAUAGAGAAAUUAGGACUCAAUGAUGUUCAUUGUCAUGUGAGUGAGAAUUUACCACUGCAGGCACACGAAGAUGAACAGUGGUAUAUAAACAAGAAAACAAAAAACAACGAAAAUAUCAGCGAUGAUGAGAGACAUGUUGCAAAUGGUUAUGAUGCAGAGGUAGAUACAGAAAAAGAGGGGGAGGAGUCUGGUAUAUCAAUGAGGGAAAUAUCAUCAUCUGGUCAGAAGGCUGUGAAUGGCACUAAAAGGUCAACCCAAAGUCUUUCAGAGGAUGGCAGCCUUGUCACUCAGGGAUCAGAGCAGGAGGUUGAGGACCCAGGGUAUGACAAUAAAUUAACUGUGAUAGAAUUUCUUAAGCAGGAAUAUGAAAAAAAUCCCAAAAUGUCGUUGAUUGGGGCACAUGGAAGCCCAUUAAGAAAACCAGUGGGUAAGGUGAUGUCAUUAGAGGGUAAAGUGAGUGAGAAAUCUUUAUCUCAACAUCGAGCAGCCAGUGACACCAAUAUCAUUUCCAGCAUAGAUAAGGCUUCAUCAUCCUCUGGCUCACAUCAAUCUCAUGAUUCCGACUCAGGGAAUAGUACCCUCAAAACACGGGUGUCAUCUUCAUUCUCAUUUCCUGAGCUUUUCAAAUACUCGGAUCUUGAUAGACCCAAGCUAGUCACUCAGAUUGGCCACAGUACAUUAAGUUUUGUAAAGUUAAGAGAACAGCUUAAAACAGAGAUGCAGUAUUACGGACAACUCUACAGUGAGUUUCCUACCUUAGCUGCAGUACAUCCAUACUUUCAUGUUAAUGAAGAGAGUUGUGAUGAUGGAGAUGGGGUACACUUAGUAGUAUGUGUUCAUGGAUUGGAUGGAAAUAGUGCUGAUUUAAGAUUAGUAAGAACAUACAUAGAGAUGGCAUUACCAGGCCAUAGAAUAGAAUUCCUGAUGUCUGAGAGGAAUCAGGACACUUUUGCUGAUUUUGAUUUGAUGACAGACAGAUUAGCCAAUGAGAUUAAUAGCUUUAUCGACCUGUAUGGGUUUACACCUACUAGAUUAAGUUUUGUGGGACAUUCGUUGGGGAACCUGAUUAUUCGGUCUGUGAUAUCUCUACCAAAGCUCUCUCACCUGGUCCCUAAACUCUAUACAUUCCUCUCCCUGUCUGGACCUCAUCUUGGAACCCUCUAUAACAACAGUGGGCUGGUUAACAUGGGAAUGUGGUUCAUGCAGAAGUGGAAGAAGUCGGGCUCACUGUUACAGCUGUCUCUCAAAGACCACCAGGAUCCUCGCCAGACCUUCCUGUACAAACUCAGUCAGAAACCAGGUUUGGAGCUGUUUCGUCAUGUGCUGUUAGUAGGGUCUUCUCAGGAUCGCUACGUCCCUUAUCACUCGUCCAGGAUAGAGAUGUGCAAAUCAGCUCAGCGAGAUAGCUCAGGCAUGGGUGCUAUAUACAGUGAGAUGGUAGCUAAUAUUUUGACUCCAGUAGUUAACAACUCCAGAUGUAGGCUGAUCCGAUAUGACAUAUUCCAUGCUCUACCAAACACUGCCAACACAAUCAUAGGACGAGCAGCUCACAUAGCAGUUCUGGAUUCUGAAUUAUUCAUAGAAAAAUUCCUCACAGUAGCAGCCUUAAAAUAUUUCAAGUGAUCAACAUGACACUGCUUUGUCAAGUAAUGUUAUUUGCUGUUGAUUAUCGAUAUCUUUUAUUUAUAUGAACGAUCAUUGAAAAAGUCCCAAAGUCAUGUAUAUUUUUGUCUGUGAUAUGACUGAUAUUCAAGUUAUAUAAGCUACGUAAAUGUUCAUGUCUUGUCGAUGUUUUUACAUUUGCAUUAAAAACGAAAACAAAAGUAUUAUUGUUAGGCAAAGAUUGACAUUUAUGACAAAUGUGUGUUGAUAUGUAUGCUACAUUUUGUAUUGAUUUGUGCAUUAUUGAAAAGUUGGGCUACCUUUUUUUAUGUCUUGGGCAUCAGUAGUUAUCAUAAUAUUUUGAGGUUGAUAUAGAAUUAAUGUAUAUUUUCCUUAUCAUUUAUAGCUAAUUUAAGCAUUGAACUUCUUCUUGGCAACAUUUAAUAUGCUGAAUAUUUUUUAAAAUGUUAAUUACAUGUAUAUAUCAUAUAUAGUUCAGUGCAAUUGAUGGCUUAAUUAAAAGAAAUUGAGUUUGAUAUGUAAUAACGCACAAUAUUCUGUUCUUAAUGCUCAGUGUGAAAUUCACCUCUUCAUCAAAUUGGUUUCUAUAAAUUUAAAAUUCUACUGUUAAUAAUUUUGAGAUUACCAUUCAUUAUCAUGCACACAUAGCAGAUUGUGACAUAUAUUUAUUACAUUCAAUGUUCACUUGUUAAUGGAUGUUGCACUGUUUUUAGUAUUUUAUUGCAAUAUUUAUAAUGAAAUUUCUGAAAGAAUUGUAAAAUAUUUUAUCUGAAAUAUGUCAUUGUGCAAUGUGCCUUGUAUAUAAAAUAAGCAAUGUUACACUGUGAUGUAACACAAACAUCUAUUUAAAGUCGACCAAGUCCUGCUCAAAAUGCAGUUGAAGUUUAAGGUAGAUUUCUGAACCUUGAAUAGACAAAAAUUUUUUUUUGAUUUGUUGAUACAUCCCUUUACUCCUGCAAGAACCUCAGUGAAUGACACGAUGGUUGUUAGAUACCUUGAAUGUUAAUGUAUGAUAGCAAGUCAAAAUUACCUUUCUGUGAACCUCCAACUUGCAGGAGCAGGUAUCCCCAAAACUUCUGUUCUUUGAGAAUUUUCAUAAAAAUUUUACAGGAAAAAAUCCAUUCCCUUCUUAAUACUCAAAACUGUUAGUUACAGCAUAACAUAAUAAAGGAUAUUGGUUAAAAGUUUGUUUAUAUAAAAUCUCUCAAAUCUACCAGAAAAAAUCAUUAUUACCUGUAUAGAUUAAAAUUUAUUGCUGGUUUUACAGUAAAUUAUGUAGAAAAUCGAAUGUUUAAAAUCAAAGUUAAAUUCUAGCAUCAGGUUUUGCUUAGGCCAAUCAAAAUUAAUUGAUAGAUUGUCAUCCCCGCCCGCUCCUCAAAAAUAGGGCCCCACCCGAAUUUUUUUUUUAUAUUUUCGCAAAAAUUAUGAUUUCAAACAAACUUGCUUCCCAGUGACAUGAGUGAAUGAUUAAAGUCACAGAAUGUUUGUUUGAUAUCUUCUACCAAGGAUUCUUUGAAUGUUAACUUGAUUAACACUUUGUGUGGUGCCUUUUGUCAUCAAUAUUUUUUCUCGGGGAAAUAAAAAUAAAAAAAUAAAAUCCUCCCACCUGCCCCAUAUUUGUUUGUGACCCUGGAUGAUAAUCUACUAAUUAAGUUGAAUUGGCCUUAAGUAUUUCAAUGCGGUAUAGAGUCAGUUUUAGAAAGUAGAUGUACAAUUUUAGCAGGGCGUCAUAUAUUGUACAAUUCCAUAGCAUACUAAAGCAGUUAUUUCGUGUUAAAUUUAGAUGUUUGAGAGUGAAAUGAUGUUCAAUUUGGAAGGCAAAGCAAGAUUCUUAUUAUUUGUACCUAGUAAGUUAAUAGUAAAGUUCUGUAAGUUAAUAGUUAAGUUCUGUAAGUUAAUAGUUAAGUUCUGUAAGUUAAUAGUAAGGUUCUGUAAGUUAAUAGUAAGGUUCUGUGAGUUAAUAGUAAGGUUCUGUAAGUUAAUAGUAAAGUUCUGUGAGUUAAUAGUAAGGUUCUGUAAGUUAAUAGUAAAGUUCUGUAAGUUCAUAGUAAAGUUCUGUGAGUUAAUAGUAAGGUUCUGUAAGUUCAUAGUAAAGUUCUGUGAGUUAAUAGUAAGGUUCUGUAAGUUAAUAGUAAAGUUCUGUAAGUUCAUAGUAAGGUUCUGUGAUACUUUUCAUUGUGAUUAUGAUUACUGUGCAGAAUUAAUUGACAACACUGUGUUAAUGUUUAUACAUAUAUAUAUAUAUAUAUAUAUAUAUGAUAUUUGUUUGUGUAUGUUUCAUGUUUUUUAGCAAGAAAUUAAACAGCAUUGAAAAUGCAGAUGUUGUGCAUUAGUGAAGAGUCUCUUUGGCAGUACAUGUAGUAUGAAUCUCCAAAGUUUGAAUGGUGUCUGUGUAUUUUUCAGUUUCACAUUUCAUAUUCGGAUACAGCUGGCAUUGUGUUCGUAUUCCUGAUUUUGUUUAUCAUCUAUCUAUGUGUUUGAUAUUUAUGAUUUUGUGACUUAUUGAUGUUUGUAUCAGUUAAAAAAAAAGUUUCACAAUACAUAAUAUUAUGCUGUUUAUCAUAUCAAAAACGUUUGGCUUUAACAUUGUGUUGUGAAUAUUCUACCACAACAAACAUUCCCUGCAUAAUGCUGGUGUAUUGUGUGUGUACUUGUGUAACUAUGCAGUUUCUAAGCAGUUCGACAAAAGUGCAUUGAUGCUCUGUAUUGACUUAUAAAUUCAGUGACAGACAGCUUUUAAUUUGUUAAUGACAAUUUCUUCUCUUACUUUGUCUGACAUUUUUUUUCCCAGUAUAAUUUUCAGUUUGUGCAAUGCAUUGAUAUGACUUUUAAUGGGUUUAAACAGUGGUAUUUAUGUAGUUCAGUAAGAUAUUUGAACAAUGUUAGCCAGCAUACGUGUGUAUGAAUUUUUUACAUGGAGGAACCUUGACGUGUAAGAUUGUAUCAUUAACAUUUUAUAUGAAUAUGAGAAGAGAAAUGAAAGUUGCUGUUCUUU